AUGACCGCUCAUAAUGGCGUAGAACAUACAUCUCCGAGUCACGCCUCACAGUCACAUAAUGGAACUGAGUCACCUAAGAAAGCAGCACUAUCCGUAUCCAGAAGACACGCUAGGCACCCGAGAAAUUCGCAUGAAGAGGCUGGAAGUCGAGCUUCUAAGCCGGAAGAGGAAGAGGAAAUUGUUCCUAAGCGAAAAACGCCCAAGCCACCAAAUAGUCACCGACCAACUAGACAACAAAACUCAAGUAUUCCAAUUGCAACCUCAUUGCCUUAUGUUGCUGCCUCUCUCACUGAAGUAAGCCUCAUUGGAAUUUUGCCAGCUCGGAAAAGUCUUUUCUCUACAGCUAUUUUGGCUGAGGCGCUACCUGCAGGUGUGAUGAUUCCACAACUCCCAGACUAUGAGGGAACUGGCGAUCCGCACGACCACUUGGAGAAGUUCAUAGCUAAAGAAGACCUAUACAGUCUAAGCGAUGCUGCAUAUUGCAAAAUUUUCCGAACAACCCUAUCGGGAAAUUCGUUGAAGUGGUUCAAUCAACUUCCUGCAGGUACUGUUGAAAGUAUGGAGCAACUAACUCAUAAGUUCAUUGACCAAUUCUCCAUCAACAGAAAAUAUCCAAGAACGCCAGCUUAUUUAUUCACUAUUAUUCAACAAGAGCAUGAAUCGUUAAGAGAAUACGUGCAAUGUUUCUCUCAAGCUGUACAGGAAAUCCCGGCUAUUGACCAUGUUGUUUUGGCGGGUAUAAUUCAACAAAAUUUACUGCACCGGCAGUUCAGAGAAUCUAUUGCAGGAAGACCGCCACACAAUCUUGACGAGUUACUAGACAGGGCGGAUAAAUAUAUUCGCAUUGAAGAGAUGACGAGCUUGACUCAGAAGAAGCGUAAAAGUGAAGAAGGGUGA